UUCACAUGCCUUUCUUUCUUUCUUUCUAUCCACCAUUUCUACAUCUAUAUAUACCAUACACAUUACACAACUUAUCUUUAUAUACUUCAACAACGCAGUAGUUCGAUCUCCCCACACCCACGAAACGAGAGACACAAAAAAAACCAAGUAAGGAAUCAAAAAACACCAUGCUGAAGCAAAACCUCCUCAACCAAAUUUGCUCCCUGCCCAAGCCGCCCUUCGUCCAUGGAAGCAACAACACCCAUGCUUACCACCAUUCCCUCCUCUCCAUGGCCAACAACAUACCCAAAACCACUCACAACGCAAGAGCCCGUCGACGACUACGACGUCGUUGCAUGGCUACGGCCAGUGACACGGCGCCGACGACGUCGUCGACGACCAACGAUGCUAGCGCCAUGGCCGAUUACCUCAUGCACGAGAAGCCCAUCAAAGUGAAGGCACUGGUGACCGUGAAGCAAACCAUGAGCGACAUGUUCUCCGGCAUGGGGAUCGAGCGAGGAAUGGAUGACAUCAAAGACCUUCUCGGCAAAACCCUCCUCUUGGAGCUUGUUAGCUCCGAGUUGGACCCUAAGACGGAGCUGGAGAAGCCGACGGUGCAGGCGUACGCGCACAAGGGCGGGAAGGUGGAGCGGCGGGAGGUGAGGUACGAGGCGGAGUUCGAGGUGCCGGCGGAGUUCGGGGCGGUGGGAGCCAUCUUCGUGGAGAACGAGCACCACAAGGAGAUGUUCCUGAGGCACAUAGUUUUGGAAGGUUUCCCAAAUGGUCCCGUAAAUUUCACUUGCGACUCUUGGAUCCACUCCAAGUUCGCCGAUAAGCGCAAGAGGGUUUUCUUCAACAGCAAGUCCUACUUGCCCCAGACCACGCCAGCUGGGCUCGUGGGCCUGCGGGACGAAGAGCUGGUCCAUUUGCGUGGAAAUGGGCUCGGCGAGCGACAGCACGGCGAUCGGGUCUACGACUACGAUGUCUACAACGACCUCGGCGAUCCUGACGCGAACUUUGCGCUCGCCCGGCCGACCCUCGGCGGCAAGGAGUUCCCCGCUCCAAGACGGUGCCGUACCGGCCGCCCCCGUUGUGAAGCCGAUCCGUCGACGGAGAAGAAGGCGAGGGAUUUCUACGUCCCGCGGGACGAGGAGUUCUCGGAGGUGAAGCUCGUGACGUUCUCGGCCAAGACGCUCUACUCGUUGUUCAACACGCUGAUCCCGUCGCUGGGGAACGUGUUCGCCGACGCCGAUCGUGGGUUCCAUCACUUCAAGACCAUCGAUUCGCUAUUCAGCGUUGGGUUCGAAGUGCCGGAGCUCUCUAAAGAAGGGUUCUGGAACGCCACCCUGCCUCGCCUCUUCGCCGGGACCGGAAACGUCAUGCGGUUCGAGCCCCCGGGCGCUUUGGAAAGGGAUAAGUUUUUCUGGAUGAAGGAUGAGGAGUUUGCGAGGCAGACGCUUGCUGGUCUCAACCCAUAUUGUUUGGAAUUGAUCACGGAGUGGCCAUUGAAGAGCAAGCUUGACCCCAAAAUCUAUGGUCCGCCGGAAUCAGCAAUCACCACUGAACUCAUCGAGUCAGAAAUUGGAGGGAUUAUGUCGGUUAAAGAGGCAAUUAAACAGAAGAAGCUGUUCACCCUGGAUUAUCACGACAUCCUGUUGCCAUUUGUGCACAGAGUCCGGGAACUCAAGGGCAGGACUUUAUACGGGUCGAGGACCAUCUUCUUUCUCACUCCCGAAGGCACAUUGAGGCCUCUGGCCAUCGAGCUCUGUCGCCCUCCCACGAACGAGAAGCCUGCGUGGAAACAAGUGUAUAGACCGUGCUGGAAUUCCACAGGUUGCUGGCUCUGGAAGCUAGCCAAGGCACAUGUUCUUGCUCACGAUUCUGGCAUUCACCAACUCGUUAGCCAUUGGCUAAGAACACAUUGUGCGACUGAACCAUACAUUAUAGCGACAAAUCGGCAGCUUAGUGUGAUGCAUCCCAUUCACAGAUUACUUCAUCCUCACUUCAGAUACACAAUGGAGAUCAACUCCCUCGCUCGAGAAUCACUCAUCAAUGCAGGCGGUAUCAUUGAAUCAACAUUUUCACCUGGGAAAUACUCCUUAGAUAUCUGCUCAGCUGCAUACGAUCAGUUCUGGAGAUUCGACUACGAAGCGCUACCUAAAGACCUCAUACGCAGGGGAAUGGCAGUCGAAGAUGAAAACGCACCCCACGGCCUGAAACUCACCAUAGAGGACUACCCUUUCGCAAACGAUGGCCUCAUUCUAUGGGACACAAUCAAACAGUGGGUCACCGACUACGUCACUCACUACUACCCAGAGCCAGACCUCGUCGAGGCCGACCCAGAGCUCCAAGCAUGGUGGACAGAGAUACGAACCAAGGGCCACGCAGACAAGAAGAACGAACCAUGGUGGCCACAGCUCAAGACCUCCAACGACCUCAUCGAAAUCCUCACCAUCAUAAUGUGGGUGACUUCAGGCCACCACGCCUCGGUGAACUUCGGACAGUAUGCAUUCGCAGGUUACUUCCCCAACAGGCCAACCAUAACCAGAAUCAAGAUGCCGGACGAGGACCCAACCGAAGAAGAAUGGAAGUUCUUCCUGAAAAGGCCCGAAGCCGUGCUUCUAGCUACCUUCCCUUCGAAGCUGCAGGCCACGAGAGUGAUGGCCGUGCUGAACGUGCUGUCGAAUCAUUCCCCCGAUGAGGAGUACAUCGGAGACGAGAUAGAGUGGAGCUGGAGCGAUGAGCCGUUGAUAAAGGCGGCUUUUGAGAAGUUUAGUGGGAGGCUGAAGGUGUUGGAAGGUAUUAUUGAUGAGAGGAAUGCUAAUGAAGAGCUGAAGAAUAGGAGUGGAGCUGGGGUUUUGCCUUAUGAGCUUUUGAAGCCUCAUUCUAAGCCUGGAGUUACAGGACAGGGAGUUCCCAACAGCAUCUCCAUCUGAUUUCUUCUUCUUCUUGUGUACCAAUUUAUUAGCACAUCAAGCAAUAUAGAAUAGUAUAGAACAUAAAUCAUUGGGUAUUGAAGAAUAACGUAUCUAAAAUGCUCAAGGUCACACGAAACAACUCGAUUAAAGGUGUCGGAGACAACUUCUUGAUCUGGUGGUCGUAACAAUUGAGCUCGGGUAUUUGCAAAUAUCACAUUUCAUUUGGUAUUUGGUUAUGGAAGGCAAACUUCUGAGACCCAAAUAUCAAAUCAAGUAAAUCCAUGGUAAAAGAUCAAUUAAACAAACAAUGUUAUCUUUCAAGG